UACUGUUUUCCUCGUUUCAAAAGAAAUGGGCGUGUCUUAUAUAACUAUUGACGUUCGAUACAAAGUUUAGAACAUUCCAUUCAAACGAACAUUUUUACAACUUCAAUGCGCUUCAUUGUAAGUUUUGUUGAAAAUCACAAAUGUUAGGAUGCCAGAUUUUUAAAGAACUCCGAUGAGUUUUUAACAAUUUUAUGCAUCUAUUGCGCGCCAUACAUGUAUUUGAAGAACCUAUAUUUUAACAGGCGGGUCGUGAUUUAGAAUACAAGUAUCGAAUAAAAUUAACCUCAUCUUGCAAUUGACUCGAACAACACUAUGGCUGUCCGUGAAGUUCUCCCUGAAGAGUAUGAUGACCUUGAUCAGAAGCUAGAGAAAGAACUGCCACUGUCUAUUUUAGUAGGGACUAGUUCAUUUCCGGUUGAUGAGGAGUAGGCACCUGUUGAGAGAGAAGAUGGUGUUGGUGGACAGUUGGCCAGACGUCUCUGUCCUUGUUAUUGUGGAUAGACAGAUGAGAGGUACUGUGCCAUUUGCAGCGGGUUUCUGCAGAGGACCAGACUUUGCAUCAACUCUGGACUCUUUGCUUCAGACCGCCUCAAAAGGGUUGUCUCCUCCAGUUUAUAUCGUCGGUUGUUCCACUGACGUCAUCGAUGCCCUAAUUGGGCAGUACAAGUCAGCAAAUACCUGUCCCUUCCGGAAAGACCACGGCAAUAACUUUGUGUAUGCACUACCUGCUGAAAACAUUGUACCUCUAGCGAUGCCAGAUGGAUUCAGAGAAACAGAGUUAACUGAACGUCACUUAGACGCUGUAAUCAAAGCAUGGCCUUACUCGGAGGAAAUGGAUAAGAUAGCUAGUGUAGAAAAAUGGUUUAAAUACACCAUUUCUAAUUUUCCGACAGUUUGCAUCGAAACAGAUGAUGGACGGCCCGUGGCAUGGGAAAUGCAGCAGGAGUAUGGAGGCCUUGGGAUGCUGCAUGUAGAGCCCGAAUAUCGGAGGAACAAACUUGGAAGCAUUGUCUCGAGAACACUUGCGAAAAAAUUAACAAAGGAGGGACAACUAGUGUUUGCAUGUGUAGAUGAAAUUAACGUCCCUUCCAUUGCAUUCCACGAAAAGAAUGGAUAUGUGCGGCUGCCUUUCGAAUUUUCUUUUAUAGGAUAUUUUUUCGAAGCAAAUAAAUGAAAAUAAAAAAAGAUUUUACGAUAGAUUUUCCAUUUUACAAAACAUUUCACAAAUAUUACCUGUCAUUGUAUGAUUGAUAAAUUCCUAGCUCUCUGAUUGGCUGCUAUUCAACAAUCUUAAUAAGUAGACGUUAUAUUCACCUGCAAGUCACCUGUCACCUAGGAGGUCAAUAUUACACAAUUAUUUAAUGCUUGAGCAGUCAAUAGACCCGAAUAUUUUUCUCGAGGUGGGGGGAACAGCCUUUGUCCUCGGGCAAUAGAUCAUACUUAACUGUUUCCUGCACCAAGGGAAAAAAUUCUGGUUUACUUGGGGUUUACUCUGGGUCCACUCUAGUAGACCGAGAGUAAACCCAGAAAGUAAAUCAAGGGUUUAGUUGGGGUUUACUUUCUGUUAGGUUGGGUCUGAUCGGCACUGUAACUCCGUUUUUAGUAUGUUGUAUUCAGAAUUAUUAAUUACAGAAGUUUUUCAUACCAUUAUGCAUUCAGGUCAUUGUUAAUCAAUACCAAGAAGACCUUAAAGAUAAAUUUUAAGAACAACAGUAAAAUAAACAUAAUAAAUAUCUUAAUUUUGUAGCAAUUAAACUUUUUCUAAAAUAUGCUACCGGUGUCGUAUAAUUUAAGGUCCGCCCCGAAAUAUGGUCCGGCCGGACUUUUAAUGUCAACAUUAAAGGUCCGUCUUUCCCCUGUAAGAAAAGGUCCUACCCGUAAUCACUUGUUAAUUUCUUAAAGUAAUUAUUCAUUUUGCUCAUGUACAUGUAGGACUGUACAUAUUACUAAAUAAACAAGAACUCAUAUUGACGCAAGCGUCAAAUGGGCCGCAAAAGUACAAUUGUUGUAUGAAUUAUCGUUGGUUGUUUACAUAAAAAAAACACACUACAAAGAAAAAAUAACGAGUUGGUUGUAAUAAUUUUAAUGGUAGAUUUUGAUUUUAAUUACUACAUGUAUAUUUUCAGCAACAUGUUUUGAAUUUUAACAUUUUACUAUUAUCGAGUUCGUUACUGUAAGCAUUUCGAACGGUAAGUGUAUGAUCAUUGCUAUAGUAUGAAGUAAUGAAGAACACAUUGAUUUGUACAUCAUUUUAAUACAAAGUUCAAUUCAUCAUUAUUCUAUUGGAGAAUAUAUAUU